AUGGAGGGUAGGUAUUCUUAUCGUUGCUGGCAGGAUAGCGGAAUUAUCCCCGACAAUCUUCGCGAGGGAUACCGUGGCUUUGUCAUCGAUAUGAGGCUUCGUCAUAUACUACUUGAAAGAGCUAUUAACGUCGAUGAUCCACCGGUGCUGGGUUCGCAUGGGGAAUUGAUUGAGUAUUGCACGGAUCACUAUCCCACGGUUGACUACCUGGAUGCGACGCAUCAAGAAAGAGAUAUCUACUCAGGUAUCGAGUUUGGGCAAGUCAAUGUGGAACGACGCCGCAAUGAAGUCCUCGAGAAGGUGAUGCCAAUAGCUGUGGAAGUUGUGGUUAGGAAUUUGCAAGAACCCAAUGAGAGUGAGCAAGAGGCGAUUGCCCGGACUUUUUCGGAGUGUGCAAAUGACAUCAUGAAAGAAUUUUACCCGGGCGCCUAUGCAAGCGACGAUGUUUCCCUGGAAGCUUUUGAGCACUCGACUGCAAGUAAAUCGAACAUCAAAGCCUUGGAGUAUGUGAGGCUUGAGGAUUUGCCUUCGGCGCCCAAAUCUUGUUUGAUUUGUGCAGGCAAGUUUUCUGCAGGUACGGUGGUUGGUCGCAUGCCGUGCUCUCAUGUUUAUCACGCCAACUGUAUCAUUGGCCGACUUGCGAUAUACGAUUACAAAUUCUGUCUUGAUUGUCCCCAUCCAAGCCAUUUUAUGGUCAAAGAAUAG